AUGCGUCUAACGGAGGCCAUCGAAGAAGUUAUCGGCUGCCCUAAUCAUGGAAGGCUUCGGGCUCCGCACUUGGAAAGCAACGGUGGCGAAAGUUUGGACAUUAACGCAUUCAAGCAAAUGCAUUUGCCUAUCUGGAGACAGCGUGAGGACAAGUCCAACUUUACCUCAGAGAGGACACGGAUCGUGAAUAUGUCAGGACGUAUCACGCCGCCAGCUCCAACAUUAGUUGAAUGCACGAACCUAAGGGUAUCGUCUCUAAGACAUGGUCAAUCAACGACACGCCAAAGUCAUAUGUUGAAAUACGUCGUCCCACCCCCAGACCCCAUUGAUUCAGAGUUACCGUUGACUGCUGGUCCAGCUGAGAAUGAAGAUGGUGAGAUACAAUCUACCUCACCAGUGGAUCACAAGCAACCUACUUCUCGGCCGAUGCCCCGAAGCCCUACCACUGGAACCAAACGACAUCGCAAGAAGUCUGAAUCCAGUGACGGAAAUAUUGGACACGACCGGAAACGACACCAAGGGAAUCUCGAGGAACAAGAUGGCAAUGGCAAUGAGAACAACGAUGCAUACCAGGUCGAUGACGGUGGCGACCAUCAACACAAUGAUGGUGAUCAAGGUCGCGGACAACUUGAUGGUAACUUGGCACUUCGCUCAAAGCGUGAUCUUGAUGUAGAAACGGAAGUAGAAUUUACAGUCACUGAAAUGAAACUCUUCAAGUCACUAGGAAUGGGUAUUUAA